AUGAACCUUUCAGAGGAAAAGUGGUCUAUACAACAACAAUCUCCAGUUCCACCUUCUCCACACCAUCCACAUCCCGCAAUGUCCCCACAAAUGAACGGUAUGCCAACGGAAAACUUUAUGCAGCCCUUCCAGUACGACGGUCAAACGGCACAAGGUCAAAUGCACCCUCAACAAAUGCCGGUUUAUGAUGGUAUAAAUCAACAAAAUAUGUUUAUACCUCAAAAACAAGAAAUUAAUGAGGCACAGAACCGAUACACUCAGUUCCAAAGUUUUGUUUCAAUGUCUACACCCGCGACGCCUUCAACUCCGCGACAGAAUGGAUCCCCAAAUAAUAACCCAUCAUCUACUACACCACAAUCCGCUGAUCGCAAAGUUAUCGAUAAUCGACCUACUUUUACUUCUUCAUUUCAUGCCGCUCCAUUCCAACCAGGAGCAGUAAGGAAACGUAGGGCCGACGCGUUAGGUUUUCCCGUGGAUGCUGGCCCUUUCUUUUCCCAGACACAACAGCAUUAUAAUGUAUAUACCGUGGACAGGACGAAUAGCCUUAAACUUCGAAUUAAUUCAAAGGUUGAUCGUGGCUUUUUCUUGGCCGAUAAUGAUUGGACAUGCUACCGAAGAAAUUAUUUCCAAAUCAGCAGUUCGUUUAAUAUCCAAGGAACAACUCACCCUGUAAAUGAAACAGAAGUAACGUGUUUACUCGAGGCCGAUGGUCAAUUCCAUCCUAUCUCCCAAUUCUUAUUAGGAAUUACAGCAAGAGUUUCUAAUAGCGAUAAGAAAAUUGAAUUAGUACAACAUACGCCGAAACGUGAUAAAGGACCUCAAAUGGUUCCUGUACCAAAAGCGAUUCGUCCCGGUGGAAACUUAAAUCUAAGUUCCGUAGGAUCCAAUUCUAACAUCGUCACAUUUGAACGUAUCCAAUUCAAAACUGCGACCGCAAAUAAUGGAAAGCGUCGUGCCGCUCAACAAUAUUACGUGGUUAUGGUAGACCUUUAUGCCCAAGUCGAAGGGUAUGAAUCACAUUUCAGAGUUGCCACAUCAACCUCGGCCCCCUUGGUGGUACGAGGAAGGAGUCCUGGUCAUUAUGCGGAUAAUCAUGAUCGUUACAACCCGAUGGCAAUGAAUCCAGCAUUCCCAAAUGAUCGUCAUAUGGGAUUUGCUCACCCGUCAAACCCUAAUGGAGGUCCAGUGAUGGCGCAAGAAUUCAAUGGGGGUCCCUUCCCUGGUUACGGACAAUACCCACCCUUCACAGGUUUUCCACCGGUAACAGCGGGACCAAUGAGAAAUGAAGCAUUAUUAAUGAUGGCAGGCGCCCCAAAUGGACCGACACAAUCGUUUCACCCCCAACAUCCUCAUCCGUAUAUGGUACCGAGUAUCUCAGAAACAGGACAACAUACUCAGAUCGAUAUGCACAACAUGGAAG